AAGAGAGAGAUAGAGAGAGAGAGAGAAAGCCGGAUAUCGAUGGCGACUAAAGAGAUGGGAGAAGAGCCCGCGCUGGGGGUGCCCUAUGGCUACGCACCGGCGAGCUAUUACGGUCAGGGGGCGGCGCCGCCGCCUCCUCCGCCGCCGCCGCAGCAGCAGAUGUACUACGUGGGGCAGAACCCGUACCAGGCGGGCAUGAUCCCGCCGAACGCGGUGUUCGGCGAUCCGAAGGGGAUCCCGUUGCAGCAGACGAUGUUCCGAGACACGCCCGCCCCUUUCCAGUGCGUCUAUUGUGGCUCCUCCGGCAUCACCACCGUCAGAUCAAAACCGAGUCUGGCAGCUGUUGUCGGUUGCAUGAUGCCCUUUAUGCUGGGUGUUUGCUUCCUUUGCCCCUCGAUGGACUGCCUAUGGCACAAAUAUCAUUACUGCCCUAGCUGUGGACAAAAGGUGGCCGACUUCAAGAAAUCAGACCCGUGUUUAGUCGUGGAUAUGCCACGUUGGCAUGAGGAGAGCUUUGCUGUCCCUGCAUGAUGAGUUGGUCGUGUGAUGUUCAUCUUGCUUCACCAUCCUUGAACAGUAAGUAGUUCUUCAUUAAUGGGUCUGUAAGUAAAUUAUUACAUGGAAACAGAGUUUCAAACAGUCCCAAGUGAAUCGUUAUAGAUGUGUUACUGUGAGUCACUUGUCUGCUACCAUUCGAAUGAUGUGAGAAGGAUUUGAUUGAUCCUGGUUACUUUGUUCAAACACAUCUGUCUGAUCCAGCUCAAUCUAUAACUUCUUUUUGCA